AUGUAAGUUUUAAGAUUUGAUUAAUUAGUUAACAGAAGUCCAUAAAUAGAAGAGCUUAUGAUUUGUUUGGAAAUAUUCAUUGAUCCAAUGUGUUGUGAAAGUUUUGAAAAUUAUUAUUGUUAAACUUUUUUAACAACUUGGAGUUAUAACCUAAUCAGCACGAAGUUGUCUUGUUUGUAAUAAACUAAAAGAAAAGUAAGGUUAAUGUAUAUUAAAAAAUAUGCUUAAUGAUCUUGAAAUAAAAUGGAUGCUUAGGAAUUUUGAAAUAUUCUUAUUAUUUCUUCCACAUUAAAUCUUAUCAGUUUAAAUAAGUGAAAUGUGAGUAUGAGGGAUGCAAUAGUGAUAUUCUUUUAAAAGAUAAGAAUCAACAUGAUAAUAUUUGUCAUUUUAAACUUUUAUAAUGCAAAUGGUGUUCAUAAGAGUUAUUACCAAAAAAACUAGAAAAGCCUGAAUAAAAUGAAUGCUUAGAGAGAAAACUUCUGUGUUCAAAGUGCUUAUUUGAAGUUCCCUUUUUGAUGAUGUAAAAUCAUAUAGAUAAUUGUCCAGAAAAUAUUGUAUCUAAUUUAUUUAAUAUCUUAUUUAGUUAUAAUGUUAAUUAUGUUUUUCUAAUAUCAAGUUAAAAGAUGUAGAACAACAUGAUAAAAAUGAUUGUCCAUAUGUUAUUGUGAAGUGUUCAGGUUUUAGGAGUAACUUAAACGAUUUUCUAUGA